GCCACUUGGAGACAUGGAGCUGUGGCAGCAGCUGCAGCAGGCAGAAAUGGUCCCCCCAGAGCUCGGCCAACCACCCAGGGCCCUGCUGGGGGUUCCUUCACCAGCUGAGAUGGCUAGCUCCACCCUCUCAUCUCCCGGGGAAGAUGCCUUGGGUGCCAGCAAGAGUCUGCAAUGGAUCUGGGAGGAGCUGGGGAAUCUCCGCAAGGUGGAUGCCCAGCUGCUGAAAGAGCUGUGCCACCUGGGGCUGGAGUUGAAGAUGCUGAGAGAGGAACUCGCUUAUUUGGAAGAGGAGGAGGAGACCAUUGAGGAGGAAGAAGAGGAGGAAGAGCCAGAGAAGCAGGAGGAAGUACCACAGAAUGUCUCCUUCUUUGUGCCAGGCUAUCGGCUCCCUGACUUUGAGAUGACUAUCUGAGGCCCUGCUUCCAGUGGA